AUGGAACUGUACGCUUGGGACUUAGGAUAUCACAGAGAUAUUGGGAAAUUCACCAUUGCCGUCAAGAUGCGACAGAAAAAUCCUCAUCCAAUUCGCCGUCGCUCAUAUUCUGAUGAAAACAACGAUGAAGCCAUUGGACUUGUUGCAUCAAAGACAAUCCGUCAAGCUGCUGAGAAAUGUGGUUUGCCUGAAUCAACCCUCAGAAGUCAUCUAAAACAGAAGCACAUUCAUGGGAGAACUCGCCCAAAAAUCUUCUCAGACGAUGAUGAAAAGGCUCUUGUUGAUCAUCUGGUCUUCAUGUCUGAAUGUGGAUAUGGCCUAUCUCGAGGAGAGGUUAUGGCUUUAGCAAGCGAGCUCCUCUCGGAUUUAACUGGUUCUACAAAGAGAGUCGGCAAAUGCUGGUUGAGUCAUUUCCUGAAGCGAUGGCCAUGCCUGAGGUUGGUUAAGCCACGAAAGUUAGCAAUGACAAGGGCGAGGAUUACAACCAAGCAGCGAUUAGAUAGCUACUACUCUGAACUAGGACGUAUACUCGACAAAUACAACCUCAAGGACAAACCCCAUCUCAUAUUCAACAUGUACGAGACGGGAUUCAACUGUGAGCACAACCCCCUCCGGGUCAUCAGUGGUGUCGAGAGGACGCAAGCGAUUACGUCAUGCAGGUCAGCCACCACAAUCGUUAUCGCCUGCGGUAGUGCUGCUGGAGUCUCCCUGCCCCCAUAUUUCAUCCUGAAGGGGAAGCGGGAUGUCAACACCAGUGUGAAGGAGGGCUGUCUCCCUGGUAGCAAGUUUGAAGUAAGUGACAGCGGAUGGAGCAAUGGAAGCAUUUUCCGGAACUUUAUCAGCAAUCGCUUCCUGCCAGCAGUCGAGAGGGACGAGGAGGAGUACUGUCUGCUCCUGUAUGAUGGACACAAAUCUCAUAUAACUGUUCCCGUCAUCGAGGAGGCCAGGAAGAACAGACUGAUACUCUUUCUUCUGCCUCCCCACACCUCACACUUGCUACAACCUCUCGACGUAGGAUGUUUUGGACCUAUGACAUGUCAUUACAACCGGCAAUGUGCGUCAUAUUUAUCUUCACAUCCAGGUAUGGUGAUUUUGAGGCACAACAUCAUCGGGCUCAUCUCGCUUGCUUACCUGAAAUCAAUGACCCACAUCAACCUAGAAGCGGCCUUCAGAAAGACUGGUGUUUGCCCAAUCGAUACAUCUAAGGUGGACACCGAGACAGCAACCAGGCCCAGUGCCAUGACUACUCCACCAGACAAUCAUCCAACUCGAGAUACUCGAGAUUCUCAGCUAGUAACAGACAAGUCACCAUCAGAGAAGUUUCUGUUGAAAAGGAGACCAGUGAGGCCAUCACCAUCUACCACUACAAGAAAAAGGAAAGCGCCUUCAUAUGAGUCAGGUGGGGUGGCAGUAACUGAAAACGGCAUAUUCCUGAAGAUAUUCAGAAGACACCAGCAGCAGGAUGAGCACCAUCAGAGAAACAGUCAACAAGCAGGACCUAGUCGACCUCAUCCACGUCCAGUACCACCUCCACUCCACGACAAACCAUGCUGCCAGUGUAAACAACAUUCGUCACCUCUUAGAUGGAGGGGUCUUCAUCAUCAACUGGGCUCAGUGUGACAAGUGCCAUCAUUGGGUCCAUCUGAAGGUCUGUUCCCCAGUCAUUCACGUAGGAAGAGAUGAAAGAUUUAUCUGUCUUCAUCAUCAACUGGGCUCAGUGUGACAAGUGCCAUCAUUGGGUUCAUCUGAAGGUCUGCUCCCCAGUCAUUCACGUAGGAAGAGAUGAAAGAUUUAUCUGUCAAUGUUGUGUAAAUGAACCAUAAAUCGCUGUUAUAUUCCGACUUUGUCUCAUUUUAUCAUUCUCAUCUCAUUCCGCCUUUCAAUUUCGAGCCUCUAUCACAUUUGCCAAUUCUAUCUGUUUUGCUGAAUCUUGAUAUUUAGUCAUUAUUUUUCGCCAUAUAUUUUGUG